AUGGCCUCCUCGUCCUCCUUCCUGCUGGCCAUGGCGGCGCUGGCAGCCUUGUUUGCCGUUGGAUUGUGCGGCAACACAGUGACCUUGACGGUCGGCAAGGGCACCACCUCCACGUACACACACCUAGUCCUUGUCGCCAACCUCCCCAUCCAUGAGCUGGCGAUCAGAGAAAAGGGCGCCGCGGAAUUUUUGGACGACAUGAAGGAGUCACCAGCCAUGACCUUUACACAAGACAGCAAGGCACCGCUCAAGGCGCCCCUCUCCGUCCGCUUUUCUGUGAAGGGUGGUGGCUACCGCAACCGGGAUGAAAUUUUCCCUGCUGGAUUGAAGCCUGGCUCAGUUAUCAAAACUGAUAUCAAGUUUGAGGGGUAA